GAGGAAUUCCAAGUCAAGCUAACGGUCUUAAAUUACCAGUUGGCAUUGAUGUAUCAGCAUUCUCUGCUAAUGUGGCAGGUUACGGUCUUAAAUUACCAGUUGACAUUGAGGUAUCAGCAUUCUCUGCUGAUGUAGCAGGGUCAUCAUUAAAAGAUAUAGGUCGGCAAGAUCAUGAGAAUUGGCAACAAACUAUAACCACUGAAUCAUCAAGAAAUAUGCAAGAUGAAGUUAGAAAUUGCAAUCGAACAUCUGUACAUACCCUAGAAUAUAGAAAUUGGGAUGGUCAACAAGUUUUGCAAGUCAAUGUGUCGAGUUCGUUUCAUAGACAAAAUCAAAAUAUUGAUUAUCGCGGUUCUGAUGUGAUUCGACAAGAUAUAAACUCACCACCGGACCCUUAUAAUUGUACAAAUGAUUUUUAUUCACCAUUACUCAUCAGAUCUGAAGGACAACAACAACAUCGAGCGCAAAUGUUUGCAAAUUCAUAUAGUAUUGAUAAUUUACAAGCACAAAUUUGUUCGAUCAUUGUACCACCAUCAAUGACAUCAGGUAAAAUUCUCAUGACUGGGAGCACCCGGAACGGGAAAAACAACUCUGAAAUUUUAGUUGCCAUGCAUCGUAUAGAUGCAAUAGAAUUCACGACUGUGCAUAAACAACGAUUAAUAUUUAUUUAUCAUUAUUAUAUAGAUUAUUUCCAUGCUAUUUUAUCGCAAGCUUCGAUGAAUGCUGAUGAAG